ACCUCUAUUACGUCACUUGUGUUUUAACUGGAGUUGUUUAACUAGGAAAUGGCUGGAACUUGAAUUGUGCCACUAUUGAGUUUAUUGCCUUUCGGAGAUUCUAGACCUAGAUCUAUAUGACGUAUAUGACUUCAUAAAUGUCUGGGCAGGACAGCCAAUGUCACACUUUCAUUAUAAAAAUAAAAGAAUGGACAGAAAAAUAUUAUGUAGCAUUGACUGACUUUGUCGUGAAUCAAGUCACCUGAUUGCUAUGAUGUCUAAAAAAGUGUGUUACAUAGGACUUCUCUUACUGGUUGUAACUGUGAUGUGGUGUGAAGGUGAACAAAAUUAUGGUGUUUCAAAAGAGUACAACCUUUGUAAACCAGACAACCCAGAGUAUCAACCACCUACAGUAUAUAUGGCAAAUCCUGGAGAUACCACAGAGAUCUUUGUGAACAUGUCAUAUACCAACAAAACUCUUUCAACCUCUUGCCAGAUUUUAUUGAAGACUUGCCAAUCCUGCCGCUUCCAGCUUGAAAUGGCCAAUGAGUUUUUUGAUUAUCCUCUUUGCAGUAAUUAUUACAGCAAGAACAGUCCCACUGAGUGUGCGAAUAACUGCAUUUACUUGAGUGUCUAUGACAAUUACUACCUGGCAGUGAACAAAAUGGUGACAGCAUCAAAAGAUCUUAUUAAUUUCAUGACUGAUUCCUCACAAUUAGGCAUCUUUGGCUGCUUUUAUAAACAGCUGUCUGACUCUGGUGUCAUUUACAUGAGGCUGAAAGUCACAGUUAAAGAAAAAGUACAGGUUAUAACUAUUGAAUCGUCAAACCCUUUACCAAAGAGAUCUUUCACAAGUCCAAAUUUCUCCUCUCCUUAUGUGGCUAAUAGUGAAAUAUACACCUACAUAAUCAAGAGCUCAAUCAUUACAGACUGUAUAGCAGUGAUGUUUGAUGACUGGAUCCUGUCUCCCAGGUCUCAAAUACAGAUUCAAGGAGCAAAUCAUGAAAAACUGACAGGAGAAAUGGACCGGCCCUAUUUGAUUUCUGAUGGGCCAUCUAUGAAUAUAACAUUCACUACUGGUGAUGUUGUAGCAGGAGGGUAUUACAGUUUUACUGGAUUCAAAGCAGCUGCCAUUGCAUAUAAAGAUAGGAAUAACAUUAUAGACACAAAAACAGAUUGUGAUAAACUGGUCAUAAACAGCCAGGGCGGGGCACUUAGUCUUGGAGACUAUGCUGAUGGGAGUUACAGAGAUUGUAUUUGGGUCAUCAAGAAAAUGCCUGAGUUCAGUGGUAUUAACUUAAAUAUUUUGCAGUAUAAUAGAGUAGGAUUUUUGAACAGCCAAAACUAUAUAGAAAUAAGAAAUGGCUUGACAUCUGAUAAGGAUAAUGUGCCAAUAGCGCCCAGUUCUUCUGUUAAAACAUACAUAUCGACUGUUGGCUUCUACAUCCGACUACAGGGGUACUACACUGAUGACAGUGCUCUGCUUUUUUCCUAUGCCAUGUAUACAGAUGAUUGCAGUGACCUUAAGAAUUUCUUUCGAUGUAACAGUGGCAGAUGUAUAGACUUCAGUCUGAAAUGUGAUGGGGUGAAUCACUGUGGAGACAACAGUGAUGAGAGUGCCUUCAUUUGCAAUCACAUCAGUGGGACUGGCAGUACCUCUGGAGGAAGUGGCAGCAGUUAUUCCAUAGGCAUCGGUGUCAUCAUUCCAAUGGUGGUGUCUGUUUUUCUUGUGAUUGUCAUGUGCCUACUCAUUAUAUUUAUCAGGCGGUGUCGGCGGCUAAACAAUAAUACUUUUGGGGCUCAGAAUGGCGGCUUAGCACAUCAGCAGAACAGAGCUCGCAGACGACGUCACCAUAACCAUGUGCAAAUGAGUUUGACCGUUAGUUCAGGAGAGCACCCUCCAUCUUAUGAUGAAGUUAUUCAAAACACACCCAUCGGAUACCUCAAUAUGGCAUUUUCCUGGGUGCAAGGUGAGCCAGGUGUUGCACAACCCCCAUCUUAUGAGGAGUCAGUUUUACCUGAUUCUACCAGUGCCUCAUCCCAACCCCCCUCUGCCAGUGCUACUUCCAAUGGUGUGUUGAGCAGAGGUAACAUGGUCAUGCACAGUACCAACAACAUUAAUUCACCGCAGUAUCAGGUCAGUGCUGUCUCUAGGAACAGUCUCCAGGCAUCGCUGGAUCCUGGGGCUUAUGUUUCAUCAUCAAGUUCAUCAUCUGACACUUCUGAGCCUGACAGUCACCUUAACAUAUCUUCAUCCUCCGACUCAUCAACCGAUGUAGAGAAUGGUUUAUUUCCAACUGGCAUUGCUGUUGGGCAGAGGGCUAGAUCCAACCUUGACAUUUCCAAAUGUGGCGUGAAAGUUUCAUUAGAUCCCAAGUCUAGGGACAGUAUUUCCAAACCUGACUCUGAAAGGGGUUGUAUUGAGCUGUCCUCUCUUGCUCUGAACAAAGAGAAGCGUGAACCAAAUAGACAUCUGUCUAGGAGCAUGGGCAACUUGCUUUACAUUGAGAAAGAAGAUACCUUCAUUGACACCAGACAUAAUGCUAAACCACAAGAAGCUGCAAUAGCAAAUAACAAGAAGGAGGAUAAUCAACAGAGUGGACGUGAAGGAAUGUAUGUGAAAAAGCUCAAUCAGAAACAUUCUCGACAUGCUGCAGCUCCUGACUCUGCCAGACCAUCAAGAGUCAGUGAAAGCUCCAGGAGUCAGAGCUGUGUCAAUCUUUCCCUUGGAGGUGCCAGUACUGUUGAUAGUCAGCUUCCAAAUUCUGGAGAAUUCCAAAGAAAGAAUGAAGACAAAAGGUUCAGCUAUGCUGGCUAUGGAGAUGUCUCUUUAAAAAGGAAUGACUUUGGCCCAUUAACUAUGGGUCGUGGCUUGGUCAGAGAUAGACCAGUAGAAAACUUGAACAAGUUCACUGCAUUGAGCUGUGACCAUCUCUUGGAUAAAUGUAGAGAAAAUAAUUACCCAGGUCUAAAUGAUCAUAAAAUAAAAGCGACUUCUGGUCAAGAUGAUCCUCAGCAGAAGGAGUCAUUUAAUCGUCCUAAGUCAGCACAAGCCACAUCUCUUGGGGCUGUACCGGAAUAUGUCACUCAAAAUUUAUCACAACGUAAACCAAAUGAAAGCAAUCAUUCGAGGUCGGCUUCUGAUCAUUCCAUUAUUAACAGACCUCAACAAAGCUCACGCAGUGACUUGGACAGGAUACAACAAAUUCCUAUGAAGCCAGAAGGUGACCAUAGACAUAAGGACAGGUAUAGUGAGGUCACCAAUCAGACCCCUUCCCAACAAGGUAAUAAACAUUAUGCUAACCUACCUGUGGCUCAGCCGAGACACAAAGAACAUUAUACGCAAGGCCAAGAAAAACUUACAAAUUCACCAGUCGAUAGAAGGCAUACACACUCAUAUCCUGAACCUAUUUACGAGACGCCCAAGCAAAUCUCAGAUGGUCAACACAGUAGUGAACCUGCUCGACCAGUUAGUUAUCAAGGAGACAUACGCUCCAACCCACCUGCUCCAAUUUAUCAAACACCAAGGCAGAAUUUCAAUCAGAACAGACCACAAGACAAACGACACUCAGAGCCAGUCUACGAUACACCUAAGCCAUAUCCUAAAGAAGCUUUAGCCAAUCAAGCUACCAACACAGGACGCUUAAGCUCUGACCCUAAGCAUCAGAAACCUGUUCCUGCUCCCAGGCAGGGUAUUAGCAAAACUAGCUCCAGUAAAUCAGCCAAACCAAUUCCAGUGGCUAGGGUUCAUAGGCAAUCAGAGCCUAGUCAACCUGAUCAGGCUUUCAGCUCACAGACUGACAACUAUGCAACAAGGCUGAGACAUGUGUCUGGAGAGCUAACAGUUGAUCAACACAGACGGCGAAGACAAGGAUCAAAUCCAGAAGACAACCAAUCCACCUGUAAAGAAAACACAGUUCUAACUUUAGAUCCAACCAUCUUUAAUUCAUCUGAUAAUGAUGUUUUCAUUUGAAUGGGGCUCACUAGUAACAAUUUUUUUUUUACUAUUGUACUGACGUACAACAAUGAUUUUACAAGUGCAAAUUGUUGAUUUUUUUCAAAUUGCAUAGCAUUCCAUUGUAUACUGCAAUCCUAUUGGAACUUUGUUCAAUGCAUUUUGAAUAGAAAUGAGUACUUCUACUAUAAUUCAACUGUAAAUCUAAAUCAACACAUAUAAUUCUUUUUUUAUAUAUAUAUUUAUAUAUAUAUAUAUAUAUGUGAAAAAGUGGGUAGUGAAACAUAUUUUUUUAAUCAUUUGUUAAUUUACGAAUUAUUUAUGUUUUGUUUGAAGAGUUUCUAUUGUAUGUUUUUGUAUUUUCAAGUGCAUUGUAAACAUUCUUUUCUUAUCAGCAUUUUAAAAAAUCUUUUUAAGCCAAUCUUUUCAGUUUUCCAAACCUAUCAUCAUACCUAGAGAUAAGUAAUAGAUGAUGUAAAACAAACUUGUUGGAGCACAGAAGUUUUCCAAUGUCUUACUUCAUUUCUUUAGCCAUUUGGUUUUAGCUUCCUUUUGUUUCUUGGGUUUUCUUAAGAAGUCUGGAAGUAAAUGUUUUUGAGCAGUUUGUUUGUCUAUUGCUAUUUACACUGUACCAAUAUUAAACCACAAAAAAUGAUUGUAACAAUUUGUAAUUCUUUUUGUUGAUAUUUGGUGUUGCAAUGCACUUUCUGUUAUUUUACCUGACUUCUUGAAUGACAUUUUUCUUUCUUGUUCCAUUUUGUGAUGCCAUCCUUGUUUAAAAUGUAUAAGUAGCGCAGAUCUCUCAAUCCAUUCCAGAACAGUUGCCUCUUAUUCGAUCACCCUUCCAGUGUUUAAUUGUGUAUCUAAAAGUUUAGAUCUUGUGCCUCUACUAUUUAUUCUACUCCUAUUGAGUAUUUGCUUUUCUUUUUUAAUGUAUACAUUAAUUUUGUUGUUUUCUAUUCACAAAUCAAUCUUUUUUUUUUUAAAUUGAUAAUCACAAUGUUUUUAACUUCCAUGUUAUUCAUCCCUUAUCAAACUUUUAAAAAUUACAAAUUACCUCUUUGACUAAAGACGUAUGCAAUGAGACCCUAUCUUCAAAUACAAUUGGAAGAUCUUGUGCACUAAAUAAAUUUAAUUAAAAGAGUUGUGGUUUCUAUUGGCUGAGAAAUAUCUUUAUCUUUUAUGUUUGUAAUGUUAGUAUAUUAUUUCAAAGAUCUAUUCACUUUAUUGCUAGGGUGGGAUGUGUGGUGGGUACUCAGAAAUAGUUUUUGUUUCUUCUUAUUGUUUUAGUUAUUUUACAUUUUAUAACCCAGACUAUUUCUUGAGCUAACUAUUUUGGUUUUUGAAAUUUCUAUAUUGUAAAGUCAAUCUAUUACAUUGAAUAUCAGUGAUUGUGGUUUUUAAUUUUCAUGUAUUUAGUGACUCCAAAAAGGAUUGAACAAUUGUCAUUGCAAUUUGAAAUAAUUUCUUAUUUCUAAAUUAUUUUGUUGAUCAGGCUACCAAAAUGAAGUCUCUACUAUUUCAGAAAAAAACUUUUUAAUGAAAUGCUAAGUAAAUAUCCAUUGGGCAUGGGAAGACAACUCUGCUCUAAGUGUAGUAUAUAUAAUGUAAUGGCAUUCCAAUGCACUACCAGAUUUGUAAUAGCUGUAAAUAUAUUGAAUGAACAUUCCAACUGUAUUGUUUAAAGCUAGAAAACAUACAGUCUGUUUGUAAAUAGAUUCUAAUAUUCCAACCUGCACAUAUUUUCAAUAAAUACCGGUAGUUUGUAAAUAGACUCUAGUAGUAUUUCAGUGACUGCCUACCCUCACACAUUAACAUGUCACACACAUACAAAUAUUUCAGUUCUCUUCCACCAUUUACUUUUAUAAAGUCACAAGCAGUAAGUUUAUUGCUGGUGAAGUUGUAUAGGUCUGCAUUUUGUUUUGUUCCAAAUUGACUAAAACUUUGUGUAAUUGAAGAUCCUAAACAAUUUUGUUCUGUUUACCUGGCCAUGAGAAACAAAACAAUUCAUAGAAAACUCCAGUGGCCAUGAUAGCUUCAUCUCAUCUGGGAAGACCUAAUGGGUGUAUCCAGUUUGCUCCUUUACCUGGUUAUUUACACAGUUUCCUAAAGUAGACAGUUCACAUUAUGGUACACACAAGUUUCAAAUUAUCAUUUAUAUAUAGUUAUAACACAUUUCUCUAGAAUUCCUUGUAAAUAAUUCUGUUUUUUUUUUCAUUUCUUAUGUUUCCUGGUAAAAUGGAACCACAAAAAAGACAACCUCUUGCUAACAGCUUCCAUUAAUAUGGCUGGUUGUCUACCUUGCUUUCUGAAUAAUAUCCAUUAUUUCUAUUUAUCUUAACAAUGUACAGUUUAUUACUAAAUACAUCUUUUUGAUAAAGAAACAUUGGUAACUGAGUGUACAAUAAAAUUGUAAAUAAA